CCCAAGAAUCAGGACAUUUCUGAAGAUGGCUGCACUCUGGAUUGUUACGUUAUCACUCAUUAUGUCCCAUGCUGUGGAUUCUAUACGACCAUCAUUUAUCUCUGUGAAGCCUGGAGAACGUGUUACUCUGAACUGCACAAUUCAAGAUUUAUAUGUUAAAGAACUUAUGAUUUGGUACAAGCAACAGUUUGGAAAGAUGCCUCAGGAAGUUGGAAAUAAUAGAGAGAACAGAGACGCUCACACGUCAACUGAGAUAAACUCAAGAUUUAAAAUUGAUGAUAUUAAGACGGGGAUUUCUUUGACGAUUGUAGAAGUGAAAAAAUCUGAUGAAGGACUGUAUUUCUGUGGAUUAUAUACCUGGGGCAAAUUUACAUUUUCUAAAGGAACAUUCAUAGCUGUGACAGGUGAUGAAGAUGUAAAAGUAUCAGUGCUCCAGAGCAGUGUAUCAGACUCGGUUCCUGCAGGAGCAUCAGUGACUCUGCAGUGUUCGGUUCUCUCUGAGAGCAGAGCAGCAGAACUCCAAGUGCUCUGGUUCAGAGCUGCUCCAUCACAAUCCCAUCCUCAACUCAUUUACACUCAUCACAACAGCAGCCUUCAGUGUGAGAGCGAAUCUUCUACACACACCUGUGUGUACAACUUGUCCAAGAACAUCUUCAGCCUCAAUGAUACUGGUACUUACUACUGCGCUGUGGUCCUGUGUGGGAAGAUCAUUUUCGGGAACGGGACACGAGUACAGUUCACUGAGCAACAUUUCAAGGGAUCUGAUUCUCUUGUAAUCUGCCUUGCUGUUGCGUUGGUGGUGUGUGUGGUGGUGAUUUUUGCUCAAGCCAUUUUGAACUAUAAAAAGCGUAGCAUUGAACAACACAUGGUAAAACCUCCACAAGGUGCACAAAAACACAAAACCCACAAUCAGGAACGUGAAGCUGUGGAGAUGAGUUACGCUGCACUGAGUUUCACAGAGGGGAAAACUAAAAGUGGCAAAAUAAAGAAAGAUCGACAUAAAGAUACAAUUUAUUCUGACGUGAUAUACACUUCUCAUACGUAGGUUACAUUAUUAAUA